CUUCCAUGCUUGCUAUUCAUUGGUCGCGUGGCUAUUUUGUUAAAGCAUGCUCUUCCCCUUAAUCAUUUCGUUAACAUUAAAUAAAUGUAUCUUAACAACAUGUCAUCUAUAUAUUACAUGUAGAAUACUGCAGAUGCUCAAAAACAUAUUGAAUAGCGUUUGGUAAUCCAUCAAUGGAGUUUAAUAUGGAUAAUGAGAAUUUGAUUUUUUUACGUCAGAUCAACAAAAUGAACGCUGCUAAGGCAAGGUUUAAUAGAAUGAAGGUCCUCAGCCAGAAGAAGGCAAAGCGGUUGUAGACAGCAAACAAAGAGAAUGAGUGUUUCUUUUCUCCAUCUUCCGUCCAACAAUCUUCUUCGUUCCGAACACCGUUAUCAACCAUAACUAUGAAUACCAUCAACAUUUCAUCAUCAUCUUCACCUAACCCCUUUCAACCAUCUUCUUCAAGAACUCAACCUUCAACUAUUGAGAUGUUAAAUUACCGGAAACCCACCAAAUUUCCUUCAAACAGAUUGGGUGUGAAUUUGACAAACAAAGAGAAUGAGUUUUUCUUCUCUCCAUCUUCCGUCAAACAAUCUUCGUCAUUCCGAACACCGUUAUCAACCAUAACAAUGAAUACCAUCAACAUUUCUGAGUCAUCUUCACCUAACACCUUUCAACCAUCUUCUUCAAGAACUCAACCUUCAACUAUUGAGAUGUUAAAAUACCGGAAACCCACCAUAUUUCCUUCAAACGGAAUGGGUUUGAAUUUGACAAAAAUAUUUGACAGCACCGUUAGAGGCUCAAAUGAUCAUCCCGAGGUUUCUGCAUCUCCUGUCCCGAUAACAAUUUAUUUUCGGAUUCAGAUGACAAUAGUACAGGAAGUAUAUGAAUAUUAAGUACUUUUUUCCUUCAGAACCCCUUAUCAUAUUCUAAUUAUCAAAUAACUUGCAUUUUUUAUUUUAUGCUUCAAGUUUUGAAACGAACUCUGAUAUUGAAUACUUGGAUGAAGGUUAUAACAUCUCUACAGACUUGAAUUCUGCAACGACUUCUUCAAAUGGAUACUACGAUAUAGGAUACGCUAAUGUGGAAUGCCAACAGUGCGGUGCGCAAAUGUGGUAUCUUGAAAGAAAGGAAAAGAAUCGAAAUAGAGCUAUUCCUAAAUUUUCAAUGUGUUGUCGAAAUGGCAAGAUUCAACUUCCAUUUCUCAAGAUGCCACCUAAAUAUUUGUAGCAUCUCUUAUUUGACAGUGAUACGGUUCAGUCUCGAAAUUUCCAGCAAAACAUACGAAUGUAUAACAUGAUUUUUGCAUUCACCUCUCCUGGUACUAAGAUGGAUAACCUUUUUAACAAUGGAAGCGGUCCUCCUACUUUCCGUAUUCAAGGGCAGGCAUGUCAUAGAAUUGGUAGUAUGUUACUCAUGCCGGGACAGACUCCAAAAUUUGCACAGCUCUAUAUUUACGACACUGAACAUGAAAUACAACACAGGAUUAAGGGAAUAAGAACAAAAACUGGCGUUGACAUUGAUAUUGUUACAAAAUUAUCUCAAAUGUUGUACGAACACAACGUUCAUGCUCAGUCUUUCCAAAUGGUGAGAGAUAUUUUGUCUCAAAGAGGUGUAACAGAUUUGAAACUGAGACUUAUUUCAGACAGAAAAACUGAUGGACGUAUUUAUAAUCAGCCGACUGUUUCCGAGGUCGCUGCUUUGAUAGUUGGUGAUGUCGAUACAGCUGAAAAAAGAGAUAUCAUAAUGCACAAACAGUCGGGCUCUCUUCUAAGAAUUGAUGAGUAUCAUACUUCUUAUCUUGGAUAUCAAUAUCCAUUGCUUUUUCCAUAUGGUGAGGAUGGAUAUAGGCCAAAUGUGAAACAUCGGGAUCACAAUUGUGUUGUAGGUUCCUCCGCACCAAACAGUCGUGCUGAAUUGGAAUUUAACGAUGUUCCAUGGGAAGAAGCUACAAAGAGAAACAGGCUAACGAUAAGAGAAUGGAUGGCAUUCCGAAUACAAUCAAGACAUAACGAGGCACCCACAUUGUUAAGAGCUCGAAGGCUAAUCCAACAAUUUUUAGUUGAUGGUUAUACAAUGUUGCAAUCGGAGAGACUUAGAUGGCUUCGUAAAAAUCAAUCCAAAUUAAGGGUUGGAAAGUAUCACAAUUUGAAUGAGUUAAACUCGAACGGUGUGACGCAAGGCUCAAGCACUAGAAAAAGAGUAGUUUUGCCGUCUUCAUAUGUUGGCAGUCGUAGAUAUAUGGAUCAAUUAUAUUUUGACGAAAUGGCAAUAUGCAGCUAUGUUGGUUUUCCUGACCUAUUUAUUACAUUUACAUGUAAUCCAAACUGGCCGGAGAUACAACGUUAUGUCAGACAAUCAAACUUGAAACCGGCCGAUCGUCUAAACAUUAUUUGUCGAGUAUUUAAAAUGAAGUUUGAUGAGUUACUGUCCGAUCUCACCAAGAAAUCUGUGAUGGGCAAGGUCCUUGCCUAUAUGUAUACCAUUAAAUUUCAAAAGAGGGGUUUGCCACAUGCUCACAUAAUAAUUUUUCUUCAUCCGACCAGCAAGUAUCAAAUGCAGAUGAUAUUGAUAAGAUAAUUUGAGCUGAAAUACCUGACGAGAAUUCUGAUCCUGAGCUCUAUAACUUGGUAAAGUCACAUAUGAUAUACGGUCCAUGCGGAAGUCUUAACCGAAAUGCACCGUGUACAAGGGAUGGUAAAUGUUCCAAGUAUUUUCCAAAGGAAUUCCGUCCUCAGACAAUAGUUGAUCAAGAUGGCUUUCCUGUUUAUCGAAGAAGAGAUAAUGGUCACACUGUGUUAAAGAAUGGAAUUCGGUUUGAUAACCGUCACGUUGUACCAUACAAUUCAGGAUUGUUAAAGAAGUUUCAAGGUCACAUAAAUAUGGAGUGGUGCAAUCAAAGUUCGUCGAUAAAGUAUUUAUUUAAAUACAUCAACAAAGGUUACGACAGAAUCACCGCUGCCGUUGUUAGGAAUGAUGAGGUGAACCAAAAUGCCCAGAGAAAUAUCGACGAGAUUAAACAAUAUCUUGAUUGUAGAUAUGUAUCUCCUUGUGAAGCAUGUUGGAGAAUAUUCUCUUUUCCCAUACAUGGAAGAAAACCCGUUGUUGAGAGGUUAUUUUUUCACUGUGAAGGAGAGAAUUCUAUGUUUUACAGAGACAUGGAUCGCUUAGAUACCGUGUUGGAAAAACCAAGUGUCACGGAAUCAAUGUUUACUUCUUAGUUCGAGGCAAACAAAAAAUAUCCUGAAGCCAAGGAGUUAACAUACAGCAAAUUUGUUGGAAGGUUUGUUUAUGUCAAGAAAACAAGGGAAUGGAAACCGCGGAAAAAGGGUUAUACAAUUGGUAGAUUGGUAUGGGUUCCUCCAAGCUCGGGUGAGUUGUACUAUAUCAGAAUGAUGUUAACGCAUGUGUCGCACCCCAAUUUUUGACCCGCUUAUUUCAUUCAUUUUUGACUUGUCGAAUUUUAU